UUGGACUCAUCUUUACAAGAAGGGUAAGAGAUUAUCUCUUUCAAGCAAUUGUAAAAUACUACAACUACAGAUUGGUUAUUGUGAUCACCAGCAACAACAAUAUUAUCUUUGGUUAGAAUGCAUAUUUUAUGGUUUUUAGUCCUGUCUUCACAGUUCUAUUUUAUCAAUAUUGAAAUACCUGCCUAUGGCACAUUUGAUAACCGAUUGCGACUGGUUCUUUAGUAAAAUUGCCAAGCAAUGUACUGUCAUCUAACGUUUGUGAUCUGCUUCUUGCUGCAAAACGGUGCAAGAUCUAAUCUUUUAUCUUUUUAUUGUUGCAGACUUUAUAUCUAUUUGUUGUGGUGCCAUUUUAAUUGUGCCAACUUGGCCCUGAGCCCUACAUGCUCACUGUUUCACUACUUUUAUCCAACUCAGCACAUGCACUUUCAGUAAUGUAGUACUUCUUUUAUGGCUUUUGACUAAUGCAAAACUUUGGUUUCAAGUGUAUUAGCAACGAGGCUGACCUGAUAUGUGAGCUUCUAAAGCAUGGUGCUAAGGCUACUGAUGGCAUCAUCCAGCAGAGCAGCAUGAUCCGCAUGUGCACCUUGAGCCUUAUGCACCUACAACUACAAGGAUUCCAUGCCAUUGAUGCCGCCGCAGCCAUGGUGGGCAUCACAAAAGAGUGCAAAUUGAUGUGUGAUUGGAUAAAAAAAGAGGACAAGCUUAUCACCUUUGGCUUUUUCACACGGCACAGGCUUGAGGAAUGCCGCUUGAUUCGCAUCAGAACCUUGGAUGUUAUGCUCAGCAUACUGAAAGGGUCUUCCUUUCCUCCUUCCAAGAUGUGGCUUGAUCUAGUGGCUAAUAACUAGAAACAAUGAUGGUGGGCAGCUCCAUGGAUGAAGUUUCUUUUGGCUGGAACACCCUAAACCCUAAAUCCUAAACCCUAAACAUUAAGCACAGUACUCGUUGCGGAGUAUAUGUCAUGGUUGUCAAACCAAAUUGUAACAACUACUAGAAUGCACUGUGCUAUUUAAAUUUGUUGCUCCAAUGACAUAUCUUUGGAUUUAACUGCACCGUUAAGUUUUGUAGUCCAAACCUCAUGUCGCA